ACAAGAGUUACAAUCAUAUGUCGGUUAGAGUCGGGUUUUGUUUCUGCUGUAGAUGACAUUUGGAUCGAGAAUACCAUGGAAGAUCAGGACAUGGUUCCUGCUGUGGUGACACACAAGAAUUUUGCACAGUUGUACAGAACACAUCUGGAGAAGAAUGGCUUCCUAGACACCAGGUUCAGACUACGAAAUCUGACCGAUAAUAAAGUGGCUCUGCCUGUCCUGAUCUCCAGACUGGCCGAAUUAAACCUCCAGCACCUCCAGGACAUUGCUGCACCAGAGGGCACCUGUUCUAUUACACACAUGAAGAGUCAAACUCUGGUUUCAUCUAAGAAGUCAUGUGUGAAGUCUCUUCAACGCCGGCUUCAAGAGCAUGUAAGAUCACUGGUAGAAAGUACCGAAGUCAUGUGGAGUGAAGAACUUGUCCGGGAUCUUCCUCAAACCUGGAAACAACAUGGAGAUUUAAUCCUUAUCGCAGAAAGCACCUUUCAGGAUCCUAUAUGGAAAAAAUUUGGGUCAGACAUUUGGAAGACGGUGGCCACAGCUCUGGGAGUAAAAAGGGUUGCUAAAAUAAGCAGAAUAUCUAGAGAUGGAUUUCGUACGCCUGUGGUUACACUACUGUUGGGUGAGGACAGCUGGGUAAACCAUGUGGACAAUGGAAUCAGGUAUGAAUUUGAUGUCACAAAAUGCAUGUUCUCUUCAGGAAAUAUUACAGAGAAGCUCAGAAUAAUGACAUUUGAUUGCACUGGAGAAACUGUGGUGGACCUGUAUGCAGGUAUUGGUUAUUUCACGCUUCCUUACCUGAUACACAGCAAGGCUAGUCUGGUACAUGCUUGUGAGUGGAACCCCGAUGCAGUAAGUGCAUUGCGCAGAAACCUCCACCUUAACCGAGUGUCCCACAAAUGUGUAAUCCAUGAAGGUGAUAACAGACAGCUUUCCAUGUGCGAUGUUGCUGACAGAGUAAACUUGGGAUUAAUUCCUAGCUCUGAAGAGGGCUGGCCUACAGCUUGUCGACUCCUAAGACAGAACAGUGGAGGCAUCCUCCACAUCCACCAAAAUGUUACCAGUGUGCCACACAAGCCUGCCUUGUUCCAGCAAGAUACCUGUUCCCAGGAGGCCAGCGAGGAAUAUCAUAAAUGUAAAAAUAAAGUUAUACCUUCCGAAAAUAACGAUACCAUGUUUGAAGAAAAUUUCUGCAGUUCCUCAGCUAAAGGAAGAAUAAAAUCAGAGUGGGGGAAAUGGGCUGAGACAGCGGCAUCUCAGAUAACAAAGCUACUGAUGGAAAACUGGGGAAAGCCAUGGAAGACACACAUCCGGCACAUACAGCAUGUAAAAUCAUAUGCUCCACAUAUUGAUCAUAUAGUUUUGGAUUUACAAUGUAGACCUAGUUGUUAGUGCAAAAAGCAAAACAUGUUACUGCUGUCGGUAUGCUGGAAAUGAAACAAAUGUUCCAGCAAACUGCAAUAUUUUUAACUCAAAUAACAACAUCAUAGAUUCAGAAGCUAAAUUAUGUGUGUUGGGGUAAAAAAACAAAUGAAUCUAAUUUUGUACAUAGUAUGUAUUUUAUGUCAUUUUGGCUGUUUUAGUUUUUUCAGUUUGGAGAAUGUCUGUCUAGGAACUUGGAAAGUCUCAAGUAAGUUAUUUAAUAAAUUUAUUCCCAUAUGCCUACAGUGCUAUUCAUCCCUUCAUUCCCUGAACAUACAGGGUUACAAUUGGUAAGAGCUUGCCUUGGUAGUAAUGGGUGAAAAUUGUCCUGGGUCAUGCUGUCUGCUGAACAAGGAAUGAUGAUAAUAACAAUAAUAAUUAUUAUUACUAUUAUCAAAUCUUGAUGGGAUGGCAGUCCAUUGCAAGGCAUAAAUGCGUACAUCUUUGAAUGAUUUAGACUGAGCAGCUAAAGGAACUGUAAUUCUUUGGACUAUGGAAAGAAAUUAGAGGUACCCCAGCUAAACCUUGUGAACAAUGAAAGAAUGCCAUAAUGCCAGAUGCCCCAACCAAGACACAAAGCCAGGUGGAAAAGUUGUGAAGCAGGAGUAUUUCUGGCACAGCUCCCCUGGCACAUUUCUAAUUAGAACAUUAAUGAAUAUAUUUAAAAAAUAGAAACUUCAUUGUCAGGAGGUUUUAAUUUAACAAUAAACAGCUGCACACACCCCAGUCAUAGCAUUUUUACUCCUCUGUCCUCUGGCAGGGCCCUGCAUGCUCACACUACCAGGCUGAAGAACAGCUUUUAGCCAAAGGAAAUCAGCCGAUUAAAUGCACAGCAAUCACCACCCCUUCCUAUAACAGAAAGCACUACUGACUGAACUGAACUUGUGCAACAACCACACAUAGUCACACACUUACACAUGACCCAUGUAAAACUCGUGACCAUUACGUUGGCUGUAACCGUCACUGUGACUUCAUUUAUUAUUUAUGCUUACAUAUUUACAUUUACUUUUACUCUGUGUAUAUUUGGAAUUGGUAAUAGUAACUGUGUUUCUCACAGUUUAAUGUUUACUUUGAAAUUUGUGCUUCUUGUAGGUUAAUGUCUAUUCUUAUGUACCUUCAUCUAAGGCAUCUAUAGGCUUGCUCCAAAUGAUAUUUCAUUAUAUUGUACAGUGACAAUAAAGGUAUCGUACAAUCUUGUCUAAUUAUUAUAAUUGCCAAUAUAAAAUAAAAAUCCAAGAUAUGUUUUCUUUUUAAAAUUAAUUAGAAUUUUCCAUACCAGAAAAUGUUUAAUAAAAACAAAAUAUUGUCUUAUCAAAAUGCAGAUUUAGAAAUAUCUACUCUAUAUAUAAUCCUAAGCCUAAAAGUGCAGCGGUGACAUUUUUAUGUCACGCUUUAAAUCGGGCUUACUUUAAAACCUACAUAUAUAUGAUUGGUAUCAUUCUUUUCAGAAUUUAUCGAACUUUAAUAUGAUAUUGUUUGAUUAUCAGAUUCUUAUUCUGUUUUUAAAAUUUAAUUUUUAAAUUAUAAACUAAAAAAUAUCAAGAACUCGCGUCUCGCGAGAUGGGACUUUGUGCCAAAAGAUUUAAUCAUGCCCAGGGCCGGAAAUAAAACACAAAGAGUAGGACAGCUGCUGUACAGGCUUUUAAAUGUUCAAAGCACAGCGCGAGAUGCAGAUCACGCUGCACAGCAGCGGCAGCAGUAAUCCAGCAGCUGAUGGAGCAAAGAGGAGGAAAAAAAACCAAAACAAUUUCUUUCCCAUUGUAUCACCGCUUAAGAGGGGGUUUUGGAGGAGUGAUCGCGACUCCUUGGGGUGCGUUCAGCCUCCCUCUUCACAACGCCAGUGGCAGAGACGCAAAGUGGCUGGCGAGCAGGGGGGAACCCCCAGUAUUGAAUAUAAAAUAGUACAUUAAAGGUUGCAGAAUAAUGUCAUAUAACUAUUCCAUCCAUCCAUCCAUCCAUUUUCCAACCCGCUGAAUCCGAACACAGGGUCACGGGGGUCUGCUGGAGCCAAUCCCAGCCAACACAGGGCACAAGGCAGGAACCAAUCCUGGGCAGGGUGCCAACCCACCACAGGACAAUAUAACUAUUCCUGCUUUCAAAUUACAGAAGAUAGAAUACAAACACUUCAUCCAUUUCAAAACUCCCCCUAAAGCAUAUUUAAGAUGAUGGACUAGAGGCCCGUACCUUGCAGCAACAAGCACAAGGCAGGGACUCAGUUCUGGACACUCUACUUGUCCAUUUUUUGGCCCACUUUUGGACACAUUGACAAUGUAUAAUGCCCAGCUGGUAGCACCUCAGAUUAGGUACUUUCAAUAAUGCAUCUAUUAGUCACAUACAGUUAUGUAAUAACACUUUAACAAUUAAUUCUUUUGGUCUUAAUAACACAAAUCAUUGGUGGACUGGGUCAUAUUAAAUGUUUGUGAUACGCUGGUAAAAUUACUUGUGACUAUGACAGAUUCAUGUGGUCUUAUUAAGGAUUCACAAGCCUUAGUUACACUGAAGUAUUCAAUACUGAGAGACAUACUACCCAUUUAUGCCAUCAAAGUGAAGCUAUUUUAGUAUGCCACAUUGCACAGAGUUAAAGUAUCACUUUACCGAUGCUUUGUAUGUGUUAUUAGGACCCACAGGUACAUGAUAAGGCAUUAAACAUAAGAUGCUUGACAAACUCGUAUGUACUGCACACUUCUCAAGGUCAAAAACUCAAAAUAUACCCUCUUUGAUUAACAGGAAAUUUUGUGUUUCUAUUCAUUGCGCUCAGUGAAGGACAUUAUGACUUCAUUUUAAUCUCCCCCAUGCAAAAUCAAUUAAAUUGCAUUGAUUUGGGAAACAAAUAGUUUGUUUUCAUUAAUUACAAUUUGUAUAAUGAAAAUGAAUGUGUUUUUGUAAUAUAUACAAAUUAUUAUCAUACAUAUCCUUUUGUUGUUAAUUAAAAUACAAGUAAUUAUUAUCUUUGAAAUGAUUUAUAACACAUAACUGUCUGUAAAACACAAUAUAAAAGAAACAUUUAUGAAAUGUUACUUUGUUUACAACAUAUUUAAAUGCUGUGAAAUCCUUUUUAAAGAAAUGUAAUAUUCUGUAGCCUUUGACACAAUUUAAACUACUUUCGAAAAGUCUGCUAUGAAUUAACUUGAAAUACAAGCCAUGACCACAAAAUGUGCUAAGGAUAAUGUGAGACAUCAUGUUCAAUGCAUGUUUUUCAUUUUCUGUAAUAAGGCACUAAAAGCAAAGUAUCUUUUAAAUUCCUUACACUCCAGCGUUGACCUAAAAUAUGUGUUUUGUCUGGUUUUGACAGCAAAAUAAAUCUCCUAUUUGUGCAACACUUUUAUUUUUUUUCCCACACUUUUCAACAGUAAAAGAGGCUGACCUUUGUUAAGGCACAGGUCAUUUGCAAAAGGUGUAUUUGAUAGUUCUCAUUCAAAGUAUUUGAAAAUGACUGAGUUAAUAAGAUGUGUUUACAGUAAUUUAUUAUGUUUUUGUAGCUUGGUAAAUCCUAACAUACUGAUGAAAUCUGAAUGCAUUAGCAAUCCAGCUUUUCUGUGUUAACGAUGAUUCAGUUCAGGGCAAACAAGCCUCAGCAAACCAUGUCAUGAACUGUUUGCUCUGAUAUGUACUUGAUACAGAUUCUAUUUCAGUAAUAUUUCCUGGUACUUUGUGUUUGUUUAAUUUAUCCUUGAAUUUCUCUGCAGCCCAUGUUUCUUUACUGAAUAAGCUUUACAGUUCCUUUGCACCAUAUCGGGUUAGAAAUAUAGCAUCUGUACUGCCAACUGUGAUACUGUUACAGAAAAAUGGGUUCAGUAAAUUACUAGAUUAAUGUAUUUUACUGUUAUAAUUUCUGAGAUCUCGUUCAGUAGUUUUAUUGUUAGUUCAUCUGUGUCAACCGCAAUUGUUUAGUAGCAUAUUAACCAUUUAAAAUACAA